GCGCUGCACUACAUCCAUCAAAUGGAUGUGAUUCACCGCGACGUGAAGCUCGAGAACCUUAUGGUCCUCGACCGCUCCUUGGAAGGCCCACUGAUAAAGCUCCUGGACUUUGGACUCGGCUGCCGGGGAACGGGCGCCGGGGCCAUGGGGACACUGGGCUACAUGGCACCGGAGGUGUUUGGCCCCAACUCUUACACCAACAGUGUCGACCUCUUCUCUGCCGGUGUCGUGAUGCACAUUUGCUUUACGGGAAGGCCGGCGUUUCCACCUGUCACCUACCGCACCUGGGAG